ACCCUCUGUGAACACUGGAGUGUUGCCCUGGAUUAAACAACAACUCAUCCUGGUUUCACSUAUCUGCAGGGGGAACAUUUAGAGUUAUUAGCUGCUGGUGAUGAUGCUGGCCUGAUGCUGACUCAGCACAUCCUGCUCCAGUGACACUGACUGAUCAAGUAAGACUGGAGAGCUUGAUGSUGACUGUAAGCUGAACGAAACGAAGCCCAGGAUCGAGAUGGAAUUACUUGUGGGAUUUAGGAUGGUCCUGGUCUGGUUCAUCUUGGCUUUGACUCUUUUAGACCAGAGAGUGGACGCACAGAGAGCAGGCUGUAAAAAUGUCCACUACGACUUGGCGUUCAUUCUGGACACCUCCUCCAGUGUGGGAAAAGAGAACUUUGAGAAGAUCAGGCAGUGGGUAGCCAACUUGGUGGACUCUUUUGACGUAGCACCAGAGAAAACAAGGAUAGCUGUGGUUCGCUACAGUGACAGGCCCACCGUGGAGUUCAGCCUGGGGCAGCACAGAACCCUGGAAGAUGUGAAGCAAGCUGCCCGUCAAAUACGCUACCUGGGAGGGAACACGAUGACAGGAGAUGCUAUCAGCUACACCACCACAAACAUCUUUACUGAACGGAACGGCGCCAGGCCCGCUGCCCAAGGCGUUCAGAGGGUGGCCAUCCUUCUAACAGACGGCAAGAGUCAGGACUACGUCCUGGAGCCCUCACAGGCAGCUGCCAAAGCUGGCAUCAGGAUGUUCGCCGUGGGCAUCGGGGAGGCUUUGAGGGAAGAGCUGGAGGAGAUCGCAGCCGAGCCAACCAACGCCCACGUCUUUCACGUCACUGACUUCAACGCCAUUGAUAAACUCCGGGGCAGACUGAGGAGGAGGCUGUGUGAGAAUGUCCUGUGUCCAAACAUGAAGGUUCAGCCCGAUCGCUUUAAACCCAACAGCACCAGUUCUGGUCUCACAGAGGUUCCAGGGUUUGACCUGAUGGAGUACUUCAGUGUGAAAGACAUUCUGGGAACCAGAGAUGACGACGGUCAGAGUUCCUACGUUCGUCUCGGCACAGUUCCAGUUGUUCAGCACACAGAGGAAGUGUUUUCUCAAGGUCUGCCUGAUGAAUAUGCCUUUGUGACCACAUUUAAAUUCAGAAAAACCUCAAGACGUGAAGAUUGGUAUCUUUGGCAGAUUUAUGACAAAUAUGGAAUCCCACAGGUGUCCGUUCGCUUGGACGGUGAAAACAAGGCAGUGGAGUACAACGCUGUUGGGCUGACAAAAGAUGCUGUCAGAACUGUCUUUAAAAACCCCCAAGUUGACAGCUUGUUCGACCGCAACUGGCACAAGAUUGCUCUUAGUGUGGAGGCCAAGCAAGUCUCUCUGUACUUGGACUGUAAACACAUCCAGACACUGCCCAUUGAAGCUCGAGAGGACAUUGAUAUUCAGGGAAAGACGGUGAUCGGAAAGAGACUUUAUGACAGCGUGCCGAUUGAUUUUGACCUCCAAAGGAUGAUGAUUUACUGUGAUUCAAAGCAUGCAGAGCUGGAGACCUGCUGUGACCUUCCAACUGGACCUUGCUCUAAGAAAGUUGUGACAGAAGCUCCUCCAGUGGAAAUUCCCACUCCGACGCCGACUGCUGCAGAGCAGAAAAGAGGCCCUGAAACAAACUGUUCCUGCCCKGAGGGGAAAAAGGGAGACGUCGGUUUACCUGGUGCAGCAGGUUCAAAGGGUGAAAAGGGUGACAUUGGCCCUAAAGGUGCCAUCGGACCAGCAGGCAUCAAAGGGGAAAAAGGAGAAACUGGCAAUAUAAACUCUGUCAAAGCUGACAGAGGUGAGAAGGGUGAUAAAGGCAGUAUAGGGUUGACAGGUGCUCCUGGACAGAAAGGAGAGAAGGGUGUUGGUGGUAUUCCAGGCAUUGAUGGCUUACCUGGUGACAAAGGAGACAAAGGUGAAGCAGGCCUGCCAGGUGUCCGAGGGUUACAAGGUCCAACUGGAUUAAAGGGAAUUCAGGGGGACGCAGGAAGUCCUGGUACACCUGGACCAAAGGGUGUUAAUGGAGAUUACGGUGAAAAGGGUGAACAAGGAAUUCCAGGAACCAAUGGUUUGCCAGGUGUGGAUGGAUUACCUGGAAAACAGGGACUUCCUGGAAAAGAU